AUGUCAAACCAAGAAGAAACAAAACUCUAUGCGGAUCUUGUCCACCUAGACGAAAAGCUUAAAAUGUUAUACAAGCGAUACGAGUCCGGAAUUACAUUAUCGAAAGAGCUCGACCGCCGCCGCAUGGAGUCUACUGAUGCGGAUGAAAAAACAGAUGCUCCUGAAAGAGUGGAACCUAUCCAGGGAUGA